AUGGGGGAGCCCGAGAACCGUUCCCUCGACGAGGAAAGCAGUGGCACUGGUGAGAAGGCUGUCCUGCGAGAUGACUCCCAGUACCCGUCAGCAAAGAAAGUUAUCCCGAUCAUGGUAGCACUAUACCUAGUUGUGUUCCUUAUCGCCUUGGACCGAACUAUUAUCGCUACUGCCAUCCCGCGAAUCACAGAUCAGUUCCAUUCCAUCGAUGACAUCGGCUGGUAUGGCAGCAGCUACUUACUCACUGGAUGCUCUUUUAUGCUGCUCUUUGGCAAAUUUUACCAGCUUUAUUCACCUAAAUGGGUCUAUCUUAUUGCCAUCGUGAUAUUUGAAAUUGGAUCAGCAGUGUGCGGCGCGGCUCCCAACUCAACCGCUUUUAUCAUUGGCCGAGCUAUUGCUGGUCUUGGCUCAGCUGGUGCCUUCUCAGGGACAGUGAUUAUCAUCGUCCAUGCUGUUCCUCUUCGCAAGCGGCCUAUGUACACUGGCUUGAUGGGCGGCAUGUUUGGCAUUGCUUCUGUUGCAGGCCCGUUGCUUGGUGGUUUGUUUACCGACAAAGUCACUUGGAGAUGGUGUUUUUACAUCAAUCUUCCCAUUGGGGCCGUUACCUUGAUUAUAGUCACCUUCCUCCUCCGCAUCAACAUUCCUCGAAAGAGUACAGAAAACCUGACAUUAUACCAACAAUUUCUUAAAUUGGACCCCUUGGGCACUCUUUGUUUCUUGCCGAGCAUUAUUUGCCUACUUCUUGCCCUUCAGUGGGGGGGUACAACUUACCCUUGGUCCAGCGGGAGAAUCAUCGCAUUGUUUGUUAUUUUCGGUAUCCUUCUCAUUGCCUUUAUCGCUAUACAGAUCUGGCGCAAUGAAGAGGCCACCGUCCCACCCCGUAUAUUCGUCCAGCGAAGUGUCCUUUCAGCCUUCUGGUUUACAAUCUGUCUCGGAUCUUCUAUGAUGACAAUCAUUUACUACCUCCCCCUCUGGUUCCAGGCUAUCAAAGGUGUAAGCGCUGUCAAGUCUGGAAUCAUGAACCUCCCCACAAUCUUGUCUCUCGUCAUUGGAGUUAUUAUGAGUGGGGGAUUAGUCACAGCAAUCGGCUAUUAUGCCCCCUUCAUGAUCGCCUGUUGCGUACUUUCGUCUGUGGGCGCAGGCCUCUUAACCACUUUCCAGACAAACACUGGCCACGCAAAAUGGAUCGGCUAUCAGGUAAUUUAUGGUAUAGGCCUGGGAAUGGGAAUGCAGCAAGGCUCUGUCGCAUGCCAGACAGUGCUAUCCAAGUCUGACGUGCCAAUUGGCUCUUCUUUGAUUUUCUUCGCUCAGCAGCUUGGUGGAACGAUAUUUAUUGCUGUUGCUCAAAACAUCUUCAGCAAUGAGCUCACUUCCGGUCUCCACCAUAUUUCUGGCCUCGACGCCGGCAUGCUCGCUCAAGUUGGCGCCACCACAAUACGAGACUUGGUUAAGGAUCCAAACACUCUCAGACAGGUAUUGGAAGUGUAUAACGACGCGGUGGUCAAAACUUACUACAUUGCCCUGGCAACGUCGUGCGUUGCUAUUUUAGGUGCGCUCACCAUUGAGUGGAAGAGCGUCAAGGGACAGGAAAAAGCAUAA